CUUGCGCAACGUGGUCUGGGCCGACUACAUGGCGACGUGGGGCGGCGUCAACAGUCGCUUUGUCAUUGCGUACGAGCGGGCACUGCAAGAAACCACAACAGGACAAGCCUUUUUGAGUCAAGUCUCACAAGCCCGCAAUACGACAACAAUCAGUGACGAGCUCUUGUACUGGCGCCAGUACAACUUGGAUCGGUUCCAGCUGCAGUGGCAGAACCGGUGGCAACCCGGCAUCACGGAAACCAUCCUCUUGGAGAAUGCAAUCGGACUGCGGGAGCUCGUGACCAUCAAGAACUUUGCCCAAGGCGCGGGACCCUGGACGACGAAUCUUCUCUUUUGGAUCCCACUCAACGAUCUCACGCUGGCCAAAUACAUGAAUCGAAGCAUGGUGCGAGGCUCGUCCCGCUUCUUUGGUGCCAACAUAUCAGCGUCUCUGCCUGCAAAGGACUUGGAGGUCGUCCAAGGUGUCACGCCUGUCGCGGGCCAGUUUUUUAACCAAUCGGCGCUCUUUCGACAAACGAUUGGUCCGUUCCAGACGGUCGACGUCUUCUACCGGAAAGCUCCCUCGGCGUUGACCGCAGCCAACAAAUUUUGA